UUUCUUUUCCUGCAAACCACUUCCGUCGGUAAGCUCCAUCUUUCGUUUCUAUCACGUUUCGCGUUCGGGAGAUUAGUUAUUAGUUUGUGUGAUUGAAAAAGUCAUUUUCAUCUAAAUUUGUUCCUUUAGGAAAUAAAGAUAAAAUGGCAGACACCGCCAAACGGACAAAGCCACUAUCUGCUAAAGCACUUGCCCGUUUGAAACCUGGCGAGAUCAAACCAAACAAGAAGAAACAGUACGGACAUCCCAGAAAUUACGAUUUGGGAGCUGGAGUGUAUAGAUUCAGUAGGUCCAGGAUGUACCACAAGAAGGCACUGUGGAAGUUUGUCGGAAAGAAGAAUCCGAAGAAGGAGAAGCCAAAGAAGAAGAGGUUCAUUGAGAAACAGAUCGGUGGUGAGAAGAAUGGUGGAACCCGUAAGGUAAUUUUAACCCGCAAGACUGCAUCCUACCCAACUUGUGACAGGAUCAGACGUCACCCGGCCAAGAAGUGCUUCAAGGACCAUAAGAGGCGUCUGCGUCCAGCUCUCACUGAGGGUACAGUCUGCAUUGUCCUUGCAGGUGUCCACAAGGGCAAGCGAGUUGUCUUCUUGAAGCAGCUAGGCAGCGGACUGCUUCUCGUCACAGGACCUUACAAGCUCAACGGAUGUCCACUCCGUAGAAUCAACAAAAACUAUGUAAUCGCCACCUCCACCAAGAUUGAUGUAUCACCCAUCCAGAUCCCAGCGGAAAUCAAUGAUGACUACUUCAAGAGGAUAAAGAACAAAAAACCCAAGAAGGAGGAGGGAGACAUCUUUGUCGCCAAGAAGGAAAAAUACAAGGCCUCAGAUAAGAGGAAGGAAGACCAGAAGAAGGUUGAUGCCCAAGUAUUGACCCAGAUCAAGAAGGCACAGCACUCUGGAAUGAUCAGAAAGUAUUUGGGCUCCAUGUUUGCACUACACAGUAGCCAAUAUCCACACAGGAUGAAGUUUUAAAGUUACAUUUUAAAAGUUUGUUAAAUAAAACUCAUUUUGUGGAUA